AUGGGGCCAGCUGAGCUUUCUCUGCAGACCUGGGACCCUGUCUCUCCGCAGCUGGCCCAGGCUCACGGCAACGUGUUCACCGUGUGGGUGGGCCCGACGCCCGUGGUGGUGCUGCGCGGCUUCCGGGUGGUGAAGGAAGCCCUGGUCUCCAACUCGGAGCAGUUCUCAGGCCGGCCCCUCACCCCGCUCUUCCGGGACCUGUUUGGAGACAGAGGCAAGGGUGCCCUGUCCGCGGGGAACGGGGUGGCUGGAUGGAGACCGCACUCAGGAGUCCGCUGGGGGGUCAUCUGCAGCAAUGGGCACACGUGGAGGCAGCAGAGACGCUUCUGCCUGGCAACGCUUCGGGAGCUAGGCCUAGGCAAGCUGGCACUGGAGCUGCAGUUGCAGGGAGAGGCGGCAGAGCUGGCAGAGGCCUUCCACCAGGAGCAGGGUAGACCCUUCGACCCUCGGGUACACAUUGUCACGUCCACGGCCAGAGUCAUUGGGGCCCUCGUGUUUGGCCGCCACUUCCUCUUGGAGGAUCCCUUCUUCCAGGAACUGAUUCAAGCCAUCGACUUUGGCCUGGCCUUUGUCAGCACCAUUUGGCGCAGGCUGUAUGAUCUGUUCCCCUGGGCCUUCCGCCGCCUCCCAGGCCCCCACCAGGAGAUGUUUAGGUACCAGAAGGCUGUGCGGGGCUAUAUCUGCCAGGAGAUCAACAGACACAAACUCAGGACACCUGAGGCCCCCAAGGACUUCAUCAGCUGCUACCUGGCCCAGAUCACUAAGGCCACGGACGACCCUGUCUCCACAUUCAAUGAAGAAAACCUGAUCCAGGUGGUGGUCGACCUGUUUCUGGGAGGCACCGACACCACGGCCACUACCCUGUGCUGGGCACUCAUCUACAUGGUCCAGCAUGGAGCCAUCCAGGAGAGGGUGCAGCGGGAGCUGGAUGCGGUGCUGGGCACCUCCCGGGCCGUCCGCUACGAGGACCACGAGCGACUGCCCUACACCCGCGCCGUCCUCCACGAGGUGCAGUGCCUCGGCAGCGUUGUGACCGCAGGUGCCGUGCGCCAGUGCGUGACCUCCACCCGUGUGCACGGCCACCCCGUGCCCAAGGGCACCAUCAUCUUGCCCAACCUGGCCUCUGUGCUCUAUGACCCUGAGUGUUGGGAGACCCCCCAACAAUUCAACCCUGGCCACUUCCUGGACAAGGAUGGAAACUUCCUGGUCAAUGAGGCCUUCCUGCCAUUUUCUGCAGGGCAUCGGGUGUGCCUAGGGGACCAGUUGGCUCGGAUGGAGCUCUUCCUGAUGUUUGCCACCCUCCUCAGGACCUUUUGGUUCCAACUGCCAGAGGGGAGCCCAGGGCUCAGGCUGGAGUACAUCUUUGGGGGCACUCGGCAGCCCCGGCCCCAGAAGAUCUGUGCCAUGCCCCGUCUGAACUGCCCCAGCCCAGGUCCUGGAGAGGAGGGCGUGUAGCCAAUGGCAGGGGCGGGGGCGGUCUGGAGACUUGUCCCCGACAAAGACCUUCCUUAGUCUCUCUUUUUUUUUAAAAGUCUGUUUUGUUUUUUAAAAGAAUAUUUAUUUAUU